GAUGUGUAGUGACCAUAUGUAUAACGGCAGCGAGGGCAUAACGGUGGAGAUAGGACGGGUGUGUUACAUCAAGCUACAAACGUUGGACUUCUCGGACACUAACAAGCUGAGGGUACGAGUGGCUUUCCUACCAAUAAACCCAGCCGCCACCUCCCUCCAGUUCACGGCUGACCUCUCCUUCGACGGCCAGGCACAAAACCUCGGCAUCUCUUCUCCAACAGUUCCCGCUGCUGCAACUCUCUCCCAGAUCGGGACUGAGGGAGCAACGGUGACAGAAGCCGUGAUAGAGGCAUCCAACAUAAGUGUGAAGGAGACAGUGAAGGCAGUGUUUAACAUCUCCAUCCCCGCCCUCACCACCAUCCCCAUGAAGAUCUUAUUGAUGUCAUCGCCAAAUGAAGGUCGUGCCUCGGUCACGCUGAGUAACCUGCGAGUCACCUAUACAGGCAGGUGA